UUCGACCGCAUUUUCUAUACUUGUAAUCUUUCACGUUCUACUCCCUUUUGCUCCAAAAGUCUCAAUAAACACUCAUUUUAUACUAACAGUAAAUGCGAGAAGCACAAUGCAAUACAAUUAAAAAAAAACUUUCUACUUUCUCGACUAUGAUAUUUUCGAAUAUUUCAUUUUAAAGAAAAUUGGAGAAACAUUCGCGUGUUAUGAAUAUUGUUGAGAGCCUCAGCAAGAUGUACGAUUGCAUUUUGUUACCCGGGGAAAAGCCGAGGUGUGACUAAACAGUAUUUUGUCGAGAAGUCGAACUGAUUCAUCGUUCUCGCGAACUGGAUUCCGGCGAAUAAACGUGACAAUGACCGCGACCGGUUGCAGAACGAAUCCGUUCUUCCAUCGUCGAUUGGUUCCUCGCGCACGGGCGAGCGUGCACUUUCUCUCGGAGAAUGUGCGGCCGUAGCCGUUGUGCGUGGAACCGCGUCCCACGAAGGCCGAUUCGGCUUUCUAGUCGCGUUUCCGCUCGUUUCCGCCGCGAGAGACUACGGGAAUCGGCGUGGCGUCCAGCGAGCUCACCGUGAUUCAACACUCCGCAAUACGUUUUUCGUUAUCCGUCUGUAGUGCGUGUUCGCGCGCGUGGUACCACGUCGGACUGCUCACUCGCGAAUUUAAUUCGUCUCGCCUGAUUAUGAGCGAUGGAUCGUCGCGGUCGCACGUAGAGUUUCCCCGAUCAUCUGUCCGUUCCAUCAGCUACUCGCUACUGGCGUGGGUCACCCGAUAAAAGUCAGCGACACGCUUUGGAUCACUCGAAAGGAAGAUGAAGCGAUGGCAGGUGUCGUGAGAAAGAAGGGAACGAGUGCUCUCGUGACGCUUCUACUAGGAUGCUUGCUAUUUUCUUGCGUUUACGCAGAAGAGGAUAAUGGAGAAAAGUAUCUGGGAAAGUAUCUGGGAAAAUUAAACCCGUACCACCAUCAGGUUUCCGGAGACGUCUGGGCUGUGGAUCAGUACACUUUGCUGCUGACAUCCUUUAAUUACGAUGGCAAUGGGGCCGACACGUUUUUCUGGGCAGGCGCAUCGAAUAGGCCAGGCCCGCAAGGAUUUAUCGUCCCCGAUGAGUGGGGCAAAACAAACAUAUUGGACCGAUACUUCAACAGGGAUUUUACAUUGACCCUGCCGGAUAAUAAGAAAAUCACAGAUAUCAAGUGGUUUGCAGUGUACGAUUUAGCGAGUCAGAACACCUUCGCCGAUGUCUACGUUCCGGAGGAGUUUGAGCCACCCUCACCUCAGAAAAUAUCACAGCUGUCGAGAAGAUCUCACAAUGUCUCGUCAGAGCCCAUUGUGAUCCUGGACUCGAAAACCAUCAGCAUCCCGCAAUUUAUCUACGAUGGACAAGGUGUAGAUACGUACUUUUGGGUCGGUCUUGGCCCGCAACCAUCCAGCAAGGGACAGAAAGUACCCGAUGAAUACGGAUACAUGGAUUCUCUUAGGAGAUAUAAUAACGAGGAUAUCAUAUUGGAACUGCCAGGCGACAAGACUAUCUUCAACAUAGAUUGGCUGAGUGUUUACGACGUGAAAACUAAAUCCAAUUACGGUUCUGUCAUUAUACCCGACGGACUGAAUGUGCCGCCGUCGUUGAUAAAAAUUCUCAAGCAAACCCGGUCUCUUCCGAAUUGCGUCCAACUGCACAAGCGAUAUCAGAUGGCUUGGGAGAUCUUCGGUCCGCAGAUCACCAUUCAGCUGGCAGGUCAAAUUGCUGAGGACGAAUACAUGGCGUUUGGUUUAUCCGGUUCCGAGAGCUCCAGCCGAAUGGAAGGUGCGGAUGUGGCCAUCGCCUAUAUGGAUGACACACGAGGAUAUGCUACGGACUACAACAUUACGGCAAAGGCGACAUGUGGGAAGGUUCUCGGUCAGUACAAAGGAGUUUGCAAAGACGAGCUUCUCGGUGGUUUAGAUAACAACCAGCUCUUCACCGCGGUGAAAGAGGACGGCAUCACCAUCAUCACGUACAGACGCACGCUCAUUUCAUCUGAUGCCGGAGACAAAGAUUUUCCCACGGAUAAACCCGUGUACGUAGUUUGGGCCUUGGGCAGGCUCGACAAAACUAAUAACGAACCGAGUUUCCAUGACGUGUAUCCAAGGAACGACGUAGUGCUCGAGUUGAGUCGCAAGGAGCCGGAGAACACCUGCAUAGAUUUCACAGAGCAAAGCAACAAAAUCUUUCCGAGAGAAUCUUGGCAAAAAACAGAAAUAAUUGACAGAAGCAUUAGAACUUUUAAAGCAACUAUCGGGCCCUCCGGAGGGAAACGAGGGUACCAAGGAAUUACAGGUAAACCUUCAAUAGGUCUUGCUUGGUACAUCGAAGGCGCGUUAAUCCCCGAGUUAUUCCUACGUCGUGGCUUGACAUACAGUUUUCGCGUUCACGGCGGAAACAAUCCACAUAGCGCGGAACUCUAUCAUCCGUUAAUAAUAACCGAUGAACCUCAUGGUGGAUACGACACGCUCAGCGAUCUUGCGCAAAGCAAGGUCAGAGUGUUGGCUGGCGUUGAACUGACUAGAAGAGGUCGACCGCGACCGACCGCGGUUGGACCGCUUUGUUUAAGUAAGCACAAUGGUCGAGACAGAAGACUGGACGACAACUUCCCAUCGUUUAAGAAAUUUAAUAGGACCCUUGUGCAAGUCUGCGAACCAGGAGAAGGCGGCACUUUGGUAAUAAGCCCAAACUCAUCAUGGCCAGACCUGGUUUAUUAUCAAUCAUUCACACACCCGAACAUGGGAUGGAAGAUUCAUGUGAUCGAUUCUUACACGAAGAGUGGUGCAAUCACACAUAAAUUAUCAUUACUCAUUACAAUUGUGACUCUACUCGCUCUAUUAUAGAGUUGAGUAUAAAUCGCAAAAAAAAUAUUUCCAAAUAUUUUUCUACAAUUUAUAUAAAUAAUUUACAUAAGGAUGCACUAAAUUAUUUUUAACAAAUUACUAAUUCUAGCGGUUCAACGUUUGUAUAUCGGUGAAAGCCGCUAAAUUACUGUUGUGCUGGUUUUAUUGAUAAAUUAAUGAUGGAUUAAGAAACUAAUAUAAUAGUUCCUAUAAGAUCUGCGUUCUCUACAGAUUUGCGAUUUAAAAGGAUCCUACCGAUUGCAUUACAGAAAAUAAAUUAAUUGUCGAAUUGGUUUGAUAGAUCACAAAAUCUUUUUGUAGAAUAAAAGUACAUACCAAAAAAAACUUGGAUAAGAUAUAUUUUGCGAGAAACUCGAAAGAAAGAAGCCUGAUAGUGGGGUCAUAUAAGGUCACUCAGUACGCACUAGUUCUCCCAGUGAAAAACGCUAUAAGAGAGAGUAUAAUUCGUCUGAUAGUGCGAUCUGUACGAUCCUUCUUGACAUUCGAUGAAGAUCAAGAAUCUUAAUUUAUCAGUGUGAAUAAAUUGAUUGAACAAGCCUCA